GAAAGCAUAUAUCCAAGCAGAAGCACUGCUACGAAUUGGCCUUGUGCACGAAAGGAAUUAAUCUCUCUUUCUUUUUCAUUAUUAAGUCCUCAUGCAAACCCCCUCCGACUCACACACAGCAUUCCGAUUCAUUCUUACUGAUGGCGGCAACAAACUGGGUUAUUGAGGUCAAUGAAAAACUGGACAGCGCAGUCGAUCAUUCUGCAGAGGCAGAGCGGUGGAAGAAACGGUGCAUCUACAAAAUACCAGCCUGUGGGACUGACCUCAAAAAGAAUGCCUACAAACCUCAGGCGGUCUCCUUUGGGCCUUAUCAUCACGGUGAGCAGCACCUGAUGGCCAUGGAGGACCACAAGCAACGAGCUCUCCUUCAUUUCCUCCGCAGAUCUAAUAAGCCUCUUCAGGAUUUCAUCGACUCUUUAACUCCAGUGCUCCACCUUCUUCAAGACUCCUACGAUCCCCUCGAUGCAUCCUGGCAGGACAACGCCAAUCGAUUUCUUCAAUUGAUGAUUCUAGACGGCUGCUUCAUGCUUGAAAUCUUACGUGUCGCUACUCAGACAUUGGAUGACUACGCUCCCAAUGAUCCCAUCUUUAGCAACCACGGCAAGCUCUAUAUUAUGCCCUUUAUCAUGCGCGACAUGCUCAUGCUUCAAAAUCAACUCCCCUCCAUGCUUCUCGUCAAGCUGCUCGCUGUUGAAACCGACAAAGAAGAGGAUGAAGAGUUCAUCAACAGGCUCAUCCUCAAGUUCUGCUUUCCUGACUCUCCUGUCUCUAGCCUGGGCAAGUGCUUGCACCCACUGGAUGUCUACAGGAAAAGUUUACUUCAAAAGCACGCGGUCAAGAUAAAGCGUGGCAGAUUACGAAACAGGCGCCAUAAAGGCGGUAACAACAUCAUCCGAUCUGCAACAGAGCUCAACGAAGCUGGAAUCCGGUUCAAGAAGAGUAAAACUAGAAGCCUCAGAGAUAUCUCGUUCCGAGGAGGAGUGCUUAGGCUUCCGGUAAUUGUAGUGGAUGAUGCAACAGAGUCCAUAUUUCUAAACUUGAUGGCCUUCGAGCGCUUCCAUGUGGGUGCAGGCAACGAGGUGACAUCUUAUGUGUUUUUUAUGGAUAACAUAAUCGACAACGAGAGAGAUGUCGCGCUGCUGCACUCGAGAGGGAUUAUCCAGAAUGCUAUUGGAAGUGACAAAGCGGUUGCUAAACUGUUCAACUCACUGUCGAAAGAUAUAACCCUAGACCCAGACAGCAGCCUAGAUUUCGUGCACAAGAAGGUGAGUGCAUACUGCAAAAAGCCUUGGAACGAAUGGCGUGCUAAUCUGAUUCAUACCUAUUUCAGAAAUCCAUGGGCCAUUCUCUCCAUUAUUGCUGCAUUCUUCCUUUUUGCCCUCACCAUCGUCCAAACUGUAUAUACCAUAUAUCCCAUCUACCAUAACACUGAUUCUCCCAGCCCCACACCUAUUUUUUCUGCAACACCACCUUCACCUUCUGCUCAACCGCACCACUGAUUUUCCUUUGUUCCUACCAUGUCUUAUGGUUUUCCUUGGCAUGUGAGCUAAUAUUUGUGGCAUUUUUUUACUGGAUAUUGCAAAAUCACUUAAGACUUGUUUGAA